AUGGCAAAGAUAGUCCUGUGUAUGGUGCUCCUGGCCUUCGGCCGUCAAGUCUAUGGAGCCAGCCUGGCGCCGGCACCGAUUUCUGGCCAGGAUCCCGAGUUGGCAACCUGUGAGCUGCAGCUCUCCAAGUACCGCAAGUUCAUCCUCCAGGCAAUCCUGAGCUUCGAGGAUGUCUGCGACGCGUACAGCUCCAGGCCCGGUGGCCAGGAUGCGGACUCGGAGGUAUGGCUCUUCCGGCACUACGCCCCACCACCCACAUCCCAGCGUGGCGAGAUCUGGGCCUUCUUCCGCCUGCUAAUGGCCCAGUUCGGUGACGCGGAUUUCUCGCCCAUCAUUCGGGAUGCGGUGAUCGAAAGGUGCCGCAUCAAGUCCCAGCUGCAGCGUGACGAGAAGCGCAACUCCGUGGUGCUGGGCAAGAAGCAGCGGUUCCACUCGUGGGGCGGCAAAAGGUCACCGGAACCACCGAUCCUGCCGGACUACUAAUUCCGGAGAUUCCACUCCCAUCGUUUUCCCCUUCAAAGUGUAUGA